CACAGCAUCCGAUCCUUCUCUCACUACAUAUCACCUACCUACUAGCUAUCUAUCAAACUCUCCAAAGCUCUCCUACGAAGCACAAGAAAUUACCUGCAAUGGCGUCCCAAGCCAUCGAGAGCCACCGCGCCGGUGCCGACGUCGUCCGUGGGGACGCGGCGGCGUGCAAGAAGGCGGCAGCUGAGCUGCUCGGCGACAUCGGCCUCCCCAAGGGGCUGUUCCCUCUGGACGACAUGCAGGAGUUCGGCUACAGCCGCGCGGCCGGAUUCAUGUGGAUCGUCCGUGGGGAGAAGAAGAAGGACCAUACGUUCAAGAAGAUCAAGCAGACUGUUUCGUACGCCGGCGAGGUGACGGCGUUCGUGGAGAAAGGCAAGCUGAAGAAGAUCGCGGGGGUGAAGACCAAGGAGCUCAUGCUGUGGCUCAGCGUCGUGGAAGUGUACGUCGACGAGUCGGCUCCCGGCAAGGUCACCUUCAAGACUGGCACUGGACUGUCUGACUCUUUUGAUGCAACUGCGUUUGAGCUCGGAAUGUGAGGUGGAUGUUGCCUGCAUGCCAACUAAAAGAUGCCCGUGUUGUUGAUCAUGCAUGAGUCGAUUAGUCUUCACAGUAUCCAGUAGUGUCUUCUGUUCUUCACGUAUCCAUCAUUGUAAGGUAUAACCUCCGAGUAACGCCGGUUUGUGCAACGUCAUGUAUCCCCUUCUCCCAAUUGACAUUUCCAUCAAGUAUCAACCCUAUCCAAUUCCAAAAUCCAAAAGAGUAGAGAACAAUACCUUUCUAUUUUUCCUUCUGAUCAAGAUGGAGUUCAGAUUACCUGAAGAAAGGCGGUUCAAGGUGACGAAAAUUCAAAAAAUAU